AUGCUGACACUCGAGGGCAAUCAGUCCAUUGGCAAUGAAGUUCAGCUGCCAUUACAACAGAAUCCAUUCCUUAGUAACUUCCAUGUUUUGGCUUUGGCCACGACCAAGAAGAACUUCACAGUCACAGUCCACAGUCACAGUCCACAGUCACAGUCCACAGUCACAGUCCACAGUCCACAGUCCACAGUCACAGUCCACAGUCCACAGUCACAGUCCACAGUCCACAGUCACAGUCCACAGUCCACAGUCACAGUCCACAGUCACAGUCCACAGUCCACAGUCCACAGUCCUCAGUCCACAGUCAAAGUCCACAGUCACAGUCCACAGUCACAGUCCACAGUCACAGUCCACAGUCCACAGUCACAGUCCACAGUCCACAGUCACAGUCACAGUCCACAGUCACAGUCCACAGUCACAGUCCACAGUCACAGUCCACAGUCACAGUCCACAGUCCACAGUCACAGUCCACAGUCCACAGUCACAGUCCACAGUCACAGUCCACUGUCCACUGUCCACAGUCCACAGUCCACAGUCAACAGUCCACAGUUCCACAGUUCCACGGUCCCACAGUCUCACAGUCCUAAGCUCCAAGACUUUAUUGCUGAAUCACCAGGCACAGUGACUAGUCAAGCAAAGUCCUAG